CAGCUGACGCUGUUUAGCAUUUAUUGUACACAAGACUCGGACUAAGACAGACGCGAAUCACUGUGAAUCCAGAACUCAUGUGAAUUCAUCGUUCAUUUACAAACUAACCUCUUCAUAAAGAUGCAGUUCAUGCUGUUGUUCAGCAGACAAGGCAAGCUCCGUCUGCAGAAAUGGUACGUUCCUCUGUGCGAUAAGGAGAAGAAGAAGAUCACGCGGGAGCUGGUGCAGACCGUUCUGGCACGCAAACCCAAGAUGUGCAGCUUCCUGGAGUGGAGGGAUCUGAAAAUCGUGUAUAAAAGAUACGCCAGUCUGUAUUUCUGCUGUGCCAUAGAGGACCAAGAUAACGAACUGAUCACACUGGAGAUCAUCCACCGCUACGUCGAGCUGCUCGACAAAUACUUCGGCAGCGUCUGCGAGCUGGAUAUCAUCUUUAAUUUCGAGAAGGCGUAUUUCAUCCUGGACGAGUUCCUGCUGGGAGGCGAGGCUCAGGAGACGUCGAAGAAGAACGUCCUGAAAGCCAUCGAGCAGGCGGAUCUGCUGCAGGAGAGCCAGACUGAAGACUGGGGCGGUUUGGCCAAUGAGGAGAUCUUAUAAGGGAGCGGACUCCCGCCCACCCUGUCAGCCUAUUGGAUGCCAAAGAAGCAGAGACUCCCCGCAGCGUCCUCGAGGAGAUCGGACUCACAUAAACCCCUCCGAGACGACCGUCCCAAACACACACACACUCACACACUCACUGAGAGCCUGACCACUGCAGAUGUAGCAAACACACACACACUUCACCAUGUUUCCGUGUUGGUCGUCUUUCUUUCCUCCUCAUGCCAUUGCUUUGUGAGCAGAAGAAGUUUCAGAAAUGUGUUGAGCGCUGGAUGACACAUCCUACUUUACAUCUGCUGUGACGAUCAGCGUCCCACACACACCGUGCUGCUCGCUUCAUCAAACACAUGAGAUCCUCUCAUCGUUUGGAGUGCGUAUAAUCAGAUAUUCCCACUUUAGACACUCAGUCGACUAUCUUAUGGUGUUUGAAAAUGUAUUACGUGGCAUAGGGAAGUUAUAUAAUUUAGAAAAUAGAGCAAAAGACACAAAAGGGAUUCAUUCACAAAACCAAAGAGUGCUUUCUUGUGUUAGAUAGUAGAUUAAAGUUGGUAAACAUCAGACCCAAGACAUACUCCACACAAGUGUAUAGAAGCAAACGAUUUAAUGCUCGAGAAAAUAUUUAAGCCCAAAUUUAAGAUUCAUGAAGUUUGGAUUGCCGAGUUUUAAUAGAAACAAACUUAUACAUUUAAUGUGAUGUAUAUUUGUAUUUAUUUGUGCAUACAUGGAAAAAAGUCAGAUUUCUGCAUUCCAAAGAGAUUGCAUCUAUUUGAUUUGAUAUAAAAUCAUGUUAAUAUUGCAUGUAUAUAAAAAUAGUGUAGAAUCAGCAUAAAUCUGUUUACAUUUUUCAAUCAAUAAGUAUGAAGAGGGUUAAAAUAUGACUUUUUGUGGAUCAAGCAAUACUAGGUUAAAAUGUGUGAGAUUGAAAGCAACUGGAUUUAUUGAUGAUAAAUAUAUUAUAAAGUUUGUAACUGUGUGUUUAAAUCUCAUUCAGUUUAUGAGUUUAAUACAGAAAUCUGAUCUUUUUUCAGUUAUACAAAUAUGCAUCACAUUACGUUUCUUUGUUUGUUAAAAGUGUGUAAUUCAAAUGGAUGGAAGAUUAAUGUGCAAUUCAAAUACAUUCUGUGAAUCUAAAAUUUAGGCCUAAAUAUUUGUCAGUUGUUUUAUUCUGUGGUUGUUUUUUUUCUUGCAUUUGUAUUCAAGUAAAGUGUGUUUCUGUCGUCAGAAUGGGUUUAUUUCGCUAACCUGAACAACCUCACUGAUUUACCACUGUGUUAACCAGGCAACUAACACUUGACCACUGUUACCUUCACUGUAUCUGUGGUAUUUACUGAAAUUAGGAGUUAUAUUUGAGUAAAAUGAUUACUGAACACAUUUAUACGAAUGCUUCUCCAUGACAGUAUUGUUCACGGUAUUGUUCAGUAUUGCAAACAUUCAAAAAUAAAUAUUUGCUACUCUCCCUCAGAUCAUCCAAGAUGUAGAUGAGUUUGUUUCUUCAUCAGAUUUGGAGAAAUGUAGCAUUGCAUCACUUGC